CGGCCGCAGCGGUGACGACUGUGGCGGAGAAGACCCGGAGGGGCUCUGCGUUCUGGAGUGGCGCUGCUUGGGCCGGUGGCAGGUUGCGGGCUGCUGGUGUCGGGCUGAGGAGAACCGCGAGUGUGUUGGGCAUUUCGCGUCGGGAUCCGCGCAACUAUGAGCGCUGCCAGGGAGUCUCACCCACACGGGGUGAAGCGUUCAGCCUCCCCAGACGACGAUCUUGGAUCUAGCAAUUGGGAGGCAGCAGACUUGGGCAAUGAAGAACGAAAACAAAAAUUCUUGAGACUUAUGGGUGCAGGCAAGAAAGAACAUACUGGUCGUCUUGUCAUAGGAGAUCAUAAAUCAACAUCUCACUUCCGAACAGGGGAAGAAGACAAGAAAAUUAAUGAAGAACUGGAGUCUCAAUAUCAACAAAGUAUGGACAGUAAAUUAUCAGGAAGAUAUCGACGACAUUGUGGACUUGGCUUCAGUGAGGUAGAAGAUCAUGAUGGAGAAGGUGAUGUGGCUGGGGAUGAUGAUGAUGAUGAUGAUUCACCUGAUCCUGAAAGUCCAGAUGACUCUGAAAGUGAUUCAGAGUCAGAAAAAGAAGAAUCUGCUGAAGAACUCCAAGCUACUGAGCACCCUGAUGAAGUGGAAGAUCCCAAAAACAAAAAAGAUGCAAAAAGCAAUUAUAAAAUGAUGUUUGUUAAAUCCAGUGGUUCAUAACUCCCAAACACUUAGUCUUUGUAUUAAAAGUAAGCCUUAUUGUUAUAAUGCACAGUGGAGGACUGCUUAUAGAGCACAGACCUUUGUAUUAUAAUUUUUAAAAAGGCCCUUUUAAAUAAUUACAAAGUGUUUGCUUUCAAAUGCCAUUCGUUACACUUUUAUGGGCAUGACUAUAACCAUUUUGUAAAGAGUAAGAGUUGUAUAAAAUAAAUAAAUACAGUACUCAACUUCCUUUCAUAUUAGCAUCAUCAGCCCUUUAACCUCACCUUUUACCCCUUCAAAUGCAUUGUGGGGAAGACACUUUUGUUUGUGGUAGCUAUUUCAUCUUUGUUUUUGUUCCUUCAUAUUUUUCUCUUAUAAAAAUUUGAUACUGUGAUGUGUUCAUGAAAAAUAUUCUUUAACUAUACUUUGUAAAAGUAGAAUUAUUCAUCAUGGAUAUUUCUGCUGCCAAUCACAAUCUAAAUUAUUGUUGGCAAAAGAUUAGUUAUUUAGUUUACUCUUACCAAUUCAGUUCUGCUCUUUUGGACCAAAACAACAUGAGAGCAAGUACAUUAAUCCAUGAAGUCCCAAGUUUUCAUUUCUAUAUAGGACGAUGGGGACAUAAUGAGUUACCUGUUGGGUGGGAAUACAACUGAUAUACAUUUGGAAUGUAUAAUCCCAGCCUUUAUAUAAUUUGGAUUACGUUGUAUGUUAGGUUUUUGAUAAAAUUUGGCUAAUUUUUACAAAUGAAAUUAUUUCUCUGAUCAUUUAGUCCUAUCUAUCUAGAAAUAUGUUAAACUGGAUUUUUUUUUUUUUUUUUUUUUAAGGCAAAAUGUGACCAAAGUUCAUUUUUUCUCCUUAAGGUCUAAAUAAAGAGAAAGCAGUUUCCCAUAUUUGGUUGUGAUACCUUUAUCCUCACUGUCUAAAAAUGAGGAGUGGGUUUAUUGACUAAGAAGGUGAAAUAAGAAAUUCUCUUCAUUUUAUCCCAGUGUUGUUACUUGAAUGUCUUAAAUACUAAAAAGAGGUAUUAGUUUCUAACUUUAUUGAUUCUGUUGGAAUGAGAUUAGAAUAAUCUGUUUUAUGCGGUUGAUUUGUACAAUGGAUUAACACACAUUCAUUAUGGGUUAGUCAGUGGAUCUCUGAAUAAUUGUUUCCAAAUGUUUCCAAGUAACAGGUUCAAAGAUGUGAGUCAAACCUGUUUGUGAGCUAAACUAUUUUAUAUCUAGUUAACUUAGGUAUGUGUUUGAUGCAUUUUUCCCCCCAAGGUAGUCUAUCUUAAUUUUGUAAUUUAGAAUGUUAGAGUGCAGCAUCUAAAACAGGUGAUUUAUGGUUAUAGACUGUGUCUUGCAAUAUUUUUCAUAUAUCUGGCUCCCAAGGUGUGUUUUUUGUUUUUUAUUUUUAACUUCUCAUGUCGUUUUUAAAUAGGUGCUGCCCUAUAUAUUUAAAAUAAUGAGUUUGGGUGACAAUGUGUAUAACAGAUAUUUGGUUUGUAGAACUUUGACUUUAUUCAACUUAAACAAUUUUAGUAAGAAGGAGAAAGACCAGUGUUAUGUUUUUAAAAGUUAUUUUCAUCGAUUCAUGGCUUAAAUAUUCUGGAUUGCUUAUGAGUCUUGGUUCUGAUAUGUAAACAGAAUCACCUAAAAUAAUUACACUGGAAAAUCAUUUUCAUAUUCAUCUCUACAUAGAGAAAUUCUGAUUUCAGCUCAUCUGUUAUUGGGCACUAACACAAUUCAGGGUUGGGGUAUAUUUAGGUCUGUUGGUUCAUGAGUCCUGGGCAGUACAUUAAAACAUAAUAACUGUCUUUUUAAAAGCAUAAACAUGGAUUUUUCUCUUAUUCAGAUUUAAAGAAACAUUAAAAGAAGAUGGAUGUUAUGCAGUCUUUCUACCUCUGCUAAAAGAAUAUCUCGUGGGAAAACAUGUUACUUUUGUACAGUGAAACACUAUUAAUUGAAAAAUUUAAGGGCAGUUUUUUCCCUGUCAUUGACAAUUUCAUACCUGAAAUGCCUUCUCCCAAAUUUGCCUAUCAAAUAUUUACAUGUACCAAUAAUCUUACAAGCUUUUUAUUGAAAAUGUUUUCAAUAACAGAUUCCAAUGUCAUGUGUUAUUAGGCAGAAGUUCUCAGAUAUUUUUAAAAUCUGAGAGAAUUGAAAGUACAGAAAAAAAUUUGGAGUGAUUAAGGCAUAGUUUGUAAACAGGUCACAUUCAGUUCUAUUCUUUACACCUAUUCAUGUCAAGUCAUUUCUCCCUAAGGGUUUAAAAAUCUUUACUCUGAAACUUAUGACCCUUUCCCUCCAUACACUUCAUAUUUCCUUGCCUGUUUUACAUAAUAAGUAGAGAUUCUUAGGUAGAAAUUCCCUGAUCCUCCACUUGUUUAAUCCAUAACCAUGGACAUGUGUUCCACUAUGCUUUGGAUCACAUCUCAGCUUUACUACCUUGGUGAUAAACUAACCUCAAGCCUGACUUGACCUCUGG